AUGAAGAUCAAUAUGCCACCAAGAGCUGAACGCACUUUGCUGGAUUGGAUUUCAGUCAACGGUAAUCUGGGCGCCUCUUGGUUAUCCAGCUCGAUCAAACUCGGAGUUACUCAACAUAGAAAACGGUGCCUCUUUUUGGUGUCGGUAUGUGCUCCAACAGACUGCGGUUCUGAAGCUGAGAAGGUUGAUUUUUAUCGACAAUUAUCCGGACUCAUUCUUCAAGAAGGAAGCACUGACAAUGUGAUAGCGUGCCAAUCCACCAGCUUCGGAGAACUAACGCAGCUCAGCAGUAGGGAUCUGAAAUAG